AUGUGCUGCUGCAUCUCACAUGCCAUCUUCCCACGGAGCAGCUCAAGCGCAUCCUUAAGAACGCUCGUGCCGCUGGUAUCCGCAACAUUUUGGCUCUGCGAGGAGACCCUCCCAUCGGUGCUGAACAGUGGUCUCCCGUAGAGGGAGGACUAAGCAAUGCCGUAGAUCUUAUCAAACUCAUCCGAGAGGAGCAUGGAGACUACUUCUGUAUCGCCUGCGCAGGCUACGCGGAGGUGCAUACCGAGUCGUGGAACCAUCCGGACUUACCGCCGUCCAAUGAGGCUCGUGCCCUGGACCUACAGCGACUCAAGGCUAAGCAAGACGCAGGUGCUGACUUCAUUAUCACACAAUUCUUCUUCGACGUGGAUAACAUGAUUCAGUGGAUCACUCAAUGCAAGGACGCAGGGAUCAGUAUCCCCAUUCUGCCUGGUUACUUGCCGAUCCAGAACUACAGCUCCUUCUGUAAGUUCACGAGUUGGUGCAAAACCCGAGUACCUGAGAAGGUGCUGGCAGCUCUAGACGCCAUUAAGAACGACGACGCGGCUGUGCGUCGAUACGGUACGCAACUUGCGGUGGAGACUUGUCAGCGUCUGCUGGCUGCAGGUGUGAACUCGCUUCAUUUUUACACGAUGAACUUGGCCGCGACUGUGACGCAGGUGCUGGAAGAACUGCAGCUACAACCUGCUCGCAACCAACGCGAACUACCGUGGCAGUCAACGUUGCAACGCUCCACCGUUGAGGGUGAGCAGGUUCGCCCGAUCUUCUGGUCUAACCGCCAGGCUAGCUACAUUGCACGUACUGCUGCGUGGGACGAGUUCCCGAACGGACGUUGGGGGGACCGCACGAGCCCCGCUUACGGAGAACUGUCAGAGUAUUAUCUCGCCUUCAAGCGACCCAAGCUCAAACGUACUGAGCUAUGGGGCACUCCUCAGAGUGAACAAGAUGUUUGGAACGUAUUCGUUCGCUUCAUCGACGGCCAUGUGAAGCAACUCCCGUGGUGCGAACAGGCUCUAUCACUCGAGAGUGCAGCCAUCCGUGAAAACUUGCAGUGGCUCAACUCCAAUGGCUUCUUGACGAUCAACAGUCAGCCACGCGUUAACGGGGCUUCGUCGAGUGACCCUUUGGUCGGGUGGGGUGGAGACGAGGGUAUAGUCUUCCAGAAGGCCUACGUAGAGUUUUUUGUGGCACCUGAAAAGAUGGAGCACCUCGUCAAGGUCAUGCGGCGCGAUCACCCUCACUUGUCGUUCCACGCCCUCAAUCGCCGGGGCGACGAGCACCGUAACACGCCACUGCACAGUGUCACGGCCGUCACAUGGGGUGUUUUCCCUGGCAUUGAAAUCAUGCAGCCUACAGUCGUGGAUUCCGAUUCGUUCGCUGCCUGGAAGGACGAGGCAUUCGAGCUGUGGCAGACACAGUGGGCGUCGGCCUACCCUGAGGUCUCACACUCUCGCGAGGUUAUCCAGCACAUCUACGACUCGUACUUCCUCGUCAACAUCGUCGACAACGACUACGCAAAUGAUGACUCGGACAUCUUCAGCAUCUUCACGCAAAUCAUCACGGAAGCCAUGGACAAGGAGCAACUGCGUGCGCGUGUACUCGAGUUGGAAGCUCGACGCGAGAAGAUGUUCGAUACACUGGCGUCGUUCCAAUCGCAACAGGAGGAGCUUAAUGGCGAGCUGCGAGCUGCACACUCGGAACUUGCAGGUGUUCGUGGCGAGAACCUCCAGCUGAAGGAGAAGGUCCGCCAGCUGCAGGCCCAGCUCGCACUCGCGUCUCUGUAG